UGCCGCUGUGUAGGAAAGAAGCUAAAGCCCUUCCAGAGCCCGUACGGGCCCAGAGGUUCCGAGGACUUAUCGACUAUGGAACGCUCGCCCUGCUUGCUGCUGCUGCUGCUGCUGCCGCUGCUGAGCCUUUCUGCGGCCACGCCAGAACCCUGCGAGCUGGACGAUGAAGACAUACGCUGCGCCUGCAACUUCUCGGACCCUCAGCCCGACUGGUCUAAUGCCUUCCAGUGUACCGCUGCCGUCGAGGUGGACAUCCGGGGCGGCGGCCGCAGCCUGGAGCAAUUUCUCAAGCGCGUGGAUUUGAACGCCGACCCGCGGGAGUAUGCGGACAUGAUCAAGGCUGUGCGCGUAAGGCGGCUCACUGUGGGAGCUGCACAGGUUCCUGCGCCCCUGCUGGUCGGCGUCCUGCGUGUGCUAGGAUACUCCCGCCUCAAGGAGCUGACCCUCGAGGACCUACAGGUUACCGGCACCACUCCGCCGCCGCCUCUAGACCUCGUGGGGCCUGCGCUCUCCACCUUGCGCCUCCGCAACGUAUCGUGGGCUACAGGAGGUUCCUGGCUCGCCGAGCUGCAGCAGUGGCUCAAGCCGGGACUCAAGGUGCUGAGCAUCGCCCAAGCACACUCGCUGGCCUUUUCCUGCGAACAGGUCCGCGCCUUCGGGGCACUCACCACUUUAGACCUGUCUGACAAUCCUGGAUUGGGCGAACGCGGACUGACCGCGGCUCUCUGUCCGCACAAGUUCCCGGCCCUCCAGGAUCUAGCGCUGCGCAACACCGGGAUGGAGUCGCCCACAGGCACGUGCGCUGCGCUGGCGGCGGCGGGAGUGCAGCCCCACCGCCUCGACCUCAGCCACAACUCGCUGCGCGCAGCCGCAAACCCCAGCGCCCCCGCGUGCGUGUGGCCCAGCGCGCUGAACUCCCUCGAUCUGUCGUUCGCUGGGCUGGAGCAGGUGCCUAAAGGACUGCCGGCCAAGCUCAGCGUGCUCGAUCUCAGCUGCAAUCGGCUGAAUAGGGCGCCGCAGACCGACGAGCUGCCCGCGGUGGAUAACCUGACACUGGACGGGAACCCCUUCCUUGUCCCUAAAGCCCCCAGCCCCCAAGAGGACUCGGGGAGCUCCGGUGUGGUCUCCGUCUGCGGGCGCUCGUCCCUGUCAGUGGGGAUGUCAGGAACGCUGGCGCUGCUCCAAGGGAUCCGGGGCUUUGCCUAAAGCCCAAGGGAGAUGAACGAAUGGGUUCGGAUUGCCCUGGCUUCAGGGAAGCCCCUUCAGGACAUUGAAGAUUAGACCAAUCAACGCUUUGUCCUGGCGUUAUUAAAAUC